CAAGCUUCACUAUCAACAUAAGCCCACUAGCCCAAUCCCUAUGCUGAACACCCCACCGGCCUCUCCAACACGACGACGUCUUCACCACUGGCCUCUCCUUCCCCUGCCCUCCGCGCGAUAACCUUCGCCUCUUUGCUUGCCUAAGGAAGCAAUUCUUCUCAGUCCCUUUUCUCCCACCCAAUUUGCUGUUGCUUUCUAGGGUUCCUGAGGAGACAGGUUUGGCCGAGAAACAGGAUCGAGGCAUUGUUUUCUGUGAAUAGAUAGAGAGAGACCGUUGUCUUUCUCUGUGUCCGGCUGAGAGUAAAGAGGUAGUAAUGGCUGGUUUGUUGCCUGGUGAUCCUUCUCACCAUGGGGUAUAUGAGGCUGGAAUUUAUAAAGGUUCACAGGACAAGCCAGAGGAAGGUGGUGGUAGGUGGUACUUUUCUAGGAAAGAAAUUGAAGAAAAUUCCCCAUCAAGAAGAGAUGGCAUUGAUUUGAAGAAAGAGACUUAUUUACGCAAGUCAUACUGUACAUUCUUGCAGGAUCUAGGCAUGAGGCUUAAAGUGCCCCAAGUAACAAUUGCUACUGCAAUUAUAUUUUGCCAUCGUUUCUUUCUCCGUCAAUCGCAUGCAAAGAAUGACAGAAGGACUAUAGCCACUGUUUGCAUGUUUCUCGCGGGCAAGGUUGAGGAAACUCCACGGCCUUUGAAGGAUGUUAUACUUGUUUCUUAUGAAAUAAUUCAUAAAAAGGAUCCUGCAGCCGUACAAAAGAUAAAACAAAAGGAGGUGUAUGAACAACAGAAAGAACUAAUUUUGCUGGGGGAAAGGGUGGUUCUUGCAACUCUUGGUUUUGAUCUUAAUGUGCUCCACCCUUAUAAACCCCUUGUUGAGGCAAUAAAGAAGUUCAAGGUUGCUCAAAAUGCCCUAGCUCAAGUUGCAUGGAAUUUUGUGAAUGAUGGGCUUCGGACGUCUUUAUGCUUGCAAUUUAAGCCCCAUCACAUUGCAGCAGGUGCCAUUUUCCUUGCUGCCAAGUUCCUAAAAGUAAAGCUCCCAUCUGAUGGUGAGAAGGUUUGGUGGCAGGAGUUUGAUGUCACCCCACGCCAAUUGGAGGAGGUUAGUAAUCAAAUGCUGGAACUCUAUGAGCAAAAUAGAGUGCCACCUUCUCAAGCUAGUGAAGCAGAAGGUAGUGCCGGAGGUACUCAAAGGCCUCCGGCAAAAGCUCCUGGUGCCAGUGAAGAGACUGUUGUGAACAACAGUCAUUCUCAGGGUGGUGGUGCUACUUCAAAAGCAGGAUCCUCAAAGUCAGCAUCAUCCAGGCUCAUUGCUGAUCAGUUGCAUUCUGAUAAUCAUGUUGGGCCUACAAGGGCUGCUCAGAAUCGAAACAAUGCUAAUUCUGAAGCAAAUUACCCUUCAGAACGAAAAGGAGAUGGUGAGAUCAUUGACAAUCAGCAUCAUGACAGAGACUCAUUCCCUUACCCUGGGAAUGCAGGAGAGUCGCACAAUACAAUGAGGUUUGGUUCUGAGGGACACAGUGACGAAGAUCAAGAUAGGAGCGAAGGAAGAACUGAAACUAGAGAUGAAGGUGAUUUGAAAGACAAAUAUCAUGGUCGAAUAUCAGACUACAAGGAUGGUGCAGUAGGCCAGUCACCUCAACAAGGCAUAAAGUUAGACAAGAACAAGCUGAAAGCUGCACUGGAGAAACGGAGGAAGUCACGGCCAGAAGUAUCUCGGAAAACAGAUGUUAUGGAUGACGAUGACCUGAUAGAAAGAGAACUGGAAGAUGGUAUUGAAUUAGCUGCUGAAAAUGAGAAGAGCAAACAAAGUUGGUCCAAAUCUUCGAGCAGGCUGGACCAUGACAGCUCACAUCAGUUUAAGCAUCAUGAUGAUGCUGGAGAUGGACAUUACCCAGUAAUGAAAGGCCAUGGAGAUGAUUUUGACAAUGUGGAGGAAGGUGAGCUCGAACCAUUUGAUAAUGCUGACCGUGGGUAUCAGUCUCCAAAGGCAAGCAAUCGGAAGAGGAAGGUUGGUAGUCCUGCUGACAAGCCAACAGAGGGUAAACAGCGGCAUGAUUUCAUGGGAACCCAUAACCAUAGUCACCACGACUUUCCAGAAGAUAGAAGCAGGCUGGGGAGGCUCGGUUAUUCGGAAAGGGACCACAAAAGGCAUGUCCAAGAAAAUCACGUUUAAAUGCGUCAUUGUGUGGAUGAAAUGCAUUCUUGCGGUUAUGGUAUUUUCUUCUCUUCCUCGUUGAAUUCCUUGGAGAAUCUUGUGAUGACUGGAGAACCUGCCAGCUUUUCUUCAAGAUUAAUCAUGGUACUUGCACUGAGUUUGGGAUGGUUUUGGAUCAAGUCCUGUAUGUCUUCUGUUUUCUCCAGUCAUUUUGAGGAAAAAAAAUUGUACAAGGAUGGAUCUAAGAUGAUAAUUUAAGUAUGGAGGGACUUACAUAAGGUCCAUUUUUCUCCUUUUUACCUCCAAUCCUAGUGGGAAUUUUCGAUCUAUUCAUAGAUGAGGCGAAGAUGACAAUAAACAAGUGCAGAACACUGCAACUGAGGUGGCAAAUGCUUAAUUCAUUCACUGAGUCUGGUGCUCUUAUUGAAGAUUGGCAUCAUGUUAGACUAAUUUUUAUGAGAACUUUGUAUGAUAUUCUCCCAUCUGCUUCCAUAAUUUAUAGUCUGAAGGCUAAACUAUGAUGUAUUAUGUUUCGUUACAAUCUCUGCAAUGAUGAAUUUCGCAUUUAUACA